AUUCAGUUUCGCUGUGAUUCCCGUCACAUGACUAUAAUAUGUAUUCUUCGUUGAAUGUCUAUCUCGUACCACAACGAAGAAAUAAAUGAUUCACUAACACAAUAUUUGUUUUGACAAGAAAUCUCUCUCCGAUCUCGAUGAGUGUUGUUCUCCGCGUGUUUUCGAGGUUAAAGUCUCUCGGAAGGACCCGCCAGUGGUGUGCGUUUGGGGAAAAUGCUAGCGUCAUCGGUACUACGCGCUAUAUCAGCACAGACCGCAGUGACAGUGGGACGCAUAAGUUGGGUUACGACAAGCCCACGUCUACCGAAGAGAAUCAUUCAGUGGAGCCCUUACUCCAGCAAUACACACAUUGGUCAUGAUCUAACCUUUGGUGGAAGCAGUUUAGAAGAUUUUAUAUUCGACACGUUCCGAAAUCCAGAGACAGGUCGUCUUUCGGUCGCCAGAUUUAUCAAGGCAAUUGAAGAAACUGGACUGCGACAAGAUGACCCACGUAUUCAUGAAUGCUUGCUUCAUAUGCACGCUGCGAGACAGGAAACGGACACCAUGGAUAGAGCGACGUUCAAACAGUGCGUGUCGGAAAACAUUGUCCUGAUUGGCCAAGCACUGAAAAACGAGUUUGUAAUCCCGGAGUGGCGUGUCUUCUGUUCCACCAUUGAAAAGAUAUAUGUGGAAGCCAAAAGUAAUACAGAUGGAAAAGUUGCCAACUAUAUUCCACAGUUGUCUCGUUAUCGCCCCAACUAUUGGGGAGUUUCUGUCUGUACUGUCGAUGGCCAGAGAUAUUCGAUCGGAGAUACCAAUGUGCCAUUUUGUCUACAGUCAUGUAGCAAGGCUCUGACCUAUGCUAUCGCCUGCACCGAGAAAGGAGCCGACCAUGUACACAAAUAUGUGGGACAAGAGCCGAGUGGUAGAAGUUUUAAUGAACUGUCUCUUGACCAUAACAAAAAGCCCCAUAAUCCAAUGAUCAACGCGGGCGGUAUUUUGACGACUGCAAUGAUAGAGCCACAUUUGAAACCAGCAGAUAGAUUUGAUUUUAUCAUGAAUGAAUAUCAGAGGAUGGCUGGAGGAGACUUUAUUGGAUUCAGUAAUGCCACAUAUCUUUCGGAGAAGGACACUGCUGAUCGUAACUUCGCUUUGUCUUACUACAUGAGAGAAAACAAGUGUUUUCCUGAAGGCGCGAGUCUCCAAGAGACGUUGGAGCUCUACUUCCAGUUGUGUUCGAUUGAGGUUACGGUAGAUUCGGGUGCUGUUAUGGCAGCUACCCUUGCAAACGGAGGAAUAUGUCCCACAACGGGGGACGCGAUAUUGGACAACGAUGCUGCCCGUAAUACGCUGUCUCUGAUGCAUUCUUGUGGCAUGUACGACUACUCGGGACAAUUUGCAUUCAAGAUUGGGUUACCUGCAAAAUCCGGUGUUGGUGGCGGUAUCUUACUUGUGGUGCCAAAUGUGUGCGGCAUCAUGACGUGGUCGCCUCCCUUGGAUGAGCUAGGUAAUAGUUGCCGGGGUCUCCAGUUUUGUGAGGGACUCGUGAGUAACUUUAAUUUCCAUAAUUAUGACAAUCUUAAUUAUCACGGCAACACCAAGAAAAUGGAUCCCCGUCAACGAAGAGCAGACUUAAAGGUACAGUACUGUCGCUUCUCAACUUACCAACAUUGUCUCCAUUCUUUCCAAAGAUACACGAUGCAAGGGUUAAACAUGUCCCUUUCCGAUUAUGACGGCAGAACCGCUCUUCAUUUAGGCGCGGCAGAAGGUCACCUUGAUGUUGUUGAAUUUUUAAUGAAGAGAUGUAAACUGGACCCUUGUCCGCGUGACAGGUGGGGGUUUACGCCAAUGGACGAUGCUGUACGUUUUAAUCGCCAGGAAGUUAUAUCAUUCUUGGAAACGUACCAUACACCAAUAAAUGAAAAAGGUGACGAGAAAAACGAAGAUGAAUUACGUCACUAACGUCAUCACUGGUUGACAAUAAAAAAUUACAUUUACAAUUUUAUAGCAAUUUACAAUAUGUUGUAAUUAUUUGCCUUGCCAAGCAC